CCCAGGACCCUGAGACCAUGACCUGAGCCGAAGGCAGAGGCUUUAACCUGUCUCAGUUUUCUUAAAUGGACUCUGAGGCCUGGUGCAUUUUCUGAAUCCCUUCUCAUGGAAUGCUUGUGGCGAUAUUAAGAAUAUCUUAAAUUUGUUAUCUGGCAUCCUGUUAAUCAAAAUAGAACAUCUGUUAACCAAAUGGAACAUUUCGAAAAACCUGUGUGUGCUGUUUCAGUGAAUGACUGCACACUCUUCAGACUUGACCUGGACGCUGCCCACUGGGCUGUAAGUCCCUCGCCAGCUCCAUCCUGUUGUCAGCUCCGCUCCCUGGCAUUUCUUUCUCACAGAUGAGCCUCUAGCCCAGUCCCAUCACCUUUGCCUGAGAUUCUUCGCUGUUUCCAGACUCUCCCUCCCUCCAGGUCUAGAGCUUGACCUUUAGCAAGGACCAAAGGGAACAGGCCUGUUCAGUAAACAUACAAAGGCUUUCAACUGUUCACAGAAUAGAAUCUACACUCCCCACCCAUCCAGGAUCUCAAAGGUGGCCCCAGGCCCUCCUUCCCACCUUAAUCACCAGCACCCUGCUUCGGCUUCAGUUUGCAUACCAGCCACAGACCCACUGUAUGGCCUGCCUGUUGGUGUAGCAUUCCUGAAUGAUGCUCCCUCAGCAUGUGGUGACCUGCCUGGGGGUCUCAGCCCACCGAGAACUUCCUGCUGUCCUGAUUCACCCUUCAGUGAAGUCUUCUCUCAGACACCCUCCAGAUUUCUCCCGACACCCACCAGGUGCUCCCACAGUACACUGUUUACACCUUGUUUACAUCGUCGUAUAAAUAAUCUUAUUUUCUCCUUUUUGGCCUCAUAGUUUAGGUAUUUGUAAAAGGCUCUCUCUCCAUCCUAACUUCCAGAGAGCAGGAAUUCUGUCUCAUUUAACUCUGUAUUGUUUUCAUCCCAUGACCCAGAAUCUGCUAGAAGAUAAGUGAAACCUGAUGAUGAGUCUUAGACACCUCGGGGCUCUGCGUCACUUGAGCCCAUUGUCUUACUGAGCUGGGUGUAUUUCACAGUGGUCCGCACCCUCCUUAAUCUGACCGGAUACUGGUUGAGCGUCCGCCACGUGAUAGGCGGUGGUCCAGACUCACCAGUGGAAAAGGUAGACGGAACUUAACGCUCUGUUGGAAGGAGAGCAGUGGUUAAAGAAAAAGUCGACAGAUAAUGUUAGGUUGCGAAAUGUACCCUGAAGAAACAAAGCAAUAUUGGAGGUGAGGGGAGCUCGAGCGACUCUGAUUGAGCAGAUGACAUUCAAGCGGACCUAAAUGUCCAAGGGAAGAAGUCAGGGGUGAAGUGUCUCCGACUGCCAUGCACUGUGUUUGGAAACCGCCUCGGUGGCCUUCCCACCAACCGCUGCCGCAAGAUGGACUGGUUAGCUUUCCCGGCCAUCUGAUGUCCUUAGCACGCUCAGCCGGAAGAACUUGCCAGGCUUUUUGCAACCCUGUGCCCUUGAUCAUGGUCCAGCGAUCUUUUGACCGCCACAUAUGGACUUCCAAAAAUCCCCAAAGGAAACUGUCCUCAUUACCGGAGGAGGUGGCUAUUUUGGUUUCCGCCUGGGCUGUGCUCUGAGCCAGAAAGGAUUCCAUGUGAUUCUGUUUGACAUCAGCAGCCCCGUUCAUUCCAUUCCCGAAGGAAUCAAGUUUAUCCGUGGAGACAUUCGCCACCUCUCUGCCGUGGAGAAAGCCUUCGAGGAUGUGGAUGUCACGUGUGUGUUCCAUGUUGCCUCUUACGGCAUGUCCGGGCGGGAGCAGCUGAAUCGGAGCCUGAUUGAAGAAGUCAACGUUGGGGGCACAGACAACAUCCUCCAGGUCUGCAGGAGGAGAGGGGUACCAAGAUUCGUUUACACCAGCACUUUCAAUGUCGUCUUCGGAGGUCAAGUUAUCAGAAAUGGAGAUGAGUCUCUGCCUUACCUACCUCUUCACCUCCAUCCCGAUCACUACUCUCGGACCAAAUCUAUUGCAGAGAAGAAGGUGCUGGAGGCCAAUGGUACCAGCCUGGUCAGAAGUGAUGGUGUCUUACGAACCUGUGCUCUACGGCCAGCUGGCAUCUAUGGGCCUGGAGAACAGAGGCACCUUCCCAGGAUAGUGAGCUACAUCGAGAGGGGUCUGUUCAAGUUUGUGUAUGGGGAUCCUGGGAGCCUGGUUGAAUUUGUCCAUGUGGAUAACUUGGUACAGGCUCAUAUUCUGGCCUCAGAGGCUCUGAAAGCUGGCAAGGGCCACAUUGCUUCUGGGCAGCCCUACUUCAUUUCAGAUGGCAGGCCCGUGAACAACUUCGAGUUCUUCCGGCCUUUGGUUGAGGGCCUAGGCUACACGUUCCCAUCUGUCCGCCUGCCGCUGACCCUCGUCUACUGCUUUGCGUUCCUGACAGAAGUGGUUCACACCAUCUUAGGUCAACUCUACAACUUCCAGCCCUUCCUCACCCGCACAGAAGUUUACAAAACUGGCAUCACACAUUACUUUAGCCUAGAGAAGGCCAAGAAGGAGCUCGGUUACGAGGCUCAGCCAUUUGACCUCCAGGAAGUAGUAGAAUGGUUUAAAGCCCAUGGUCAUGGCAGAAGUCCUGGGAAUCGUGACUCUGAAUGUCUUCUGUGGGACUGGCUGAUGGUCUUACUCUUGGCUCUAGCAUUUCUCACAUGGCUGCCUACCUCUGUGGUUCUGUCACUGUGAGGGAACUAGAAGUGAGCUGAUCACACUUGCUGAGGUGGUUUUCAAGAAAUACAGGUUUAAAAUAUCUGUAGAUCUAAAUAUAUCUGUAUAGAUACCUAGAUGGAUAGACACAGAUCUCUGGUAGCAAAUUUUGGCUCUUCUAAUUGCUACUUCAGAAUAGAUUCUUGGAUCAGGUCUUCAUUUCUUACCUUCUUACACUAAUCCUGAUGGGAGAAAAUUAGAAGCAAAGACAAGUCUGAGACGUAGUUUCUUGUAUCCUCUUUUAGAUGAGUAUGAUAGAAGUGGCAUUGGAGCCUUGGAGGCAGACUGAGGAAAUUUGGAAAUGUCUUGAGUUUCUCUGAGCCAAAAAUACACUUAUUUCUGUUCCCUAACACUCUGCAUCCACUGAAAAUAGAAUGAAAUGUGCACUGCUGGGGAAUGGCAAAACACUAACAGACUUGAAAAUGUGUGAAAAACACCAAAUUGGGUCAGAUCCCUACAGACCAACCCUCUGAGGAGAUGGUGGCUGCUGAGAGGCGUUAGGAUUUAGGAAUUUUUUUUUGCCCUUUAGGAUAUAAAGGUGUUACACCCGUGUGACCAAAUGACAGUGUCAGAUUUUUAAACAGAACUUUGUCUGACCUCAUAGGAUUCUUUCGAGGAUUAAAUUAGACAAGACCUGUAAAGUGCCACUCUACACACACGAGCCAGUGUUUUUAAUAUCGUUGCUAUGCAUUCCAUGUGAGGGUUUUCUUCCUCGGGAAUUCUGUUCAGAGGCUGCUGGUGCCACUCACCUUUCCAGAAGGUCUUUGUGGUGAGCCCUCUGAGUCCACAGCAAGCACGUUUGAAUAUACUCAGUAUUUGUAAAGUUUAGGUCUCUAAGCAUAGAUUGAAAUUUAGGAAGCAGCUACAAAUGUGAUUAAGGAAGAUGAUCAAGCAGAUGAUGUUUGUAAUUUAAAAAUGAAACAUAACUCUCAACCGAUAGACUGGUUUCUCUUCCGGGAAGGACUUGGAUUGUUGGAAGGCAGCUUCUGGUGAAGGAUGUUUUGAGCAAUGGCAUUGCUGUCUCGCCACUCUUGAGGACUGCUGUGGAAGACAUUCAAGGUGCCCAGGAACCAAAGUGAAAGGAAGACAGAGAAUCUUUACCCGUUUCAUGGUUCCAGCUUCAGAAAAGACAGCAUUAAAGCCCAAGGCAGAUGGAUUGUUGCAGAAGGUUAUGAUAGAGUCAUGUUGGCAUUAUUUGUAGAAAGAAGAAGCUCGAGGAAUCCUCCCUGGUAAAUGCUGCCUGGGUAUUUGGGGAAAAGUGCUCAACUUGACACCAGAAGACCUGCACCAUGAGUGAAGAUACUGUGUGACCCUAGUCCAGUAUCUGAAGCCUCUUAGUUUCCUCACUUGGUAACAUAGGAAUGACUUGUCUUUGCCUUUUUUACAGACCCCACCCAGCUCACAGGGUUUGUUGUGAGCACAAAAUAAGAUGUCGUGAAAAUACUUUUAAGAUAUAAAUCACAACAUCACUAUGA